AUGGGUGCAACCGUUGCAGUAAGUCGGUCUGAACAGAUGCAUGAAUUAUUAGAAAAGCUCUGUGCGAAAGGGGACCGCUAUGCCCUCCAUCCCUUCAAUUACUGCUUCGACCACAUCGGCGACAAGGCACCAUACGCCCACCCGCCUCCACUAAAGCUGAACGCUUACCUUCACACAAAAGCCUCCCGCGCACGAUGUCAGACAGCAGAAGUGAAUGACGCCGAAGCAAACAUCCUGCAUGACAUACACUCUAUCGACCUCUUCCCUAGACAGGCCGGCAUGCCCUGGCACACUGGAUACGGCUUUGUUCGACAGAACAGAUAUUGGCGUGAGGUGCAGGAGAGAUAUCACUCUCUUCUCAGGGCUUUUGCGGAGGAUCCCACAGCACAGAACACGCCCCCUGGUGCCAAAUUCACCGUGGCAGAUGUUGCAAUGAAUGAGCUGAAGGAUGGAAAGGAGAAAACGAUUCGGUAUGUGCCGUUGUUGUAUCCGUUGGGGAAUAUGGAGAGAACGAUUUUGGCUGGUGAGGCGCUAGCCCUCAGUUUGGUGUUUGAUGAGGCCUACGAGAUUUUCGGAGACGAUUAUGACCCCUCAUUUCUGCAAUCCCUCAUGCCACCGCACAACAACAAGGAUCUAACCCCCAAAACACGGCUGCAGGAAAGGAUCUGGAGCUCACUUGAAAAAAUGCUCGAAUGUGAUCGCAUCGUUGGGAAUGGAGGACAAGAGACCAUUGAUACCUUGGUUACGUAUAUAUCCCGCGCCAAACCACCCUCCAGAUUGUACGAGACCAUGAGCGAUUACUACGAUUUUCGCUAUGAAGAUGGAGGAAUGGGACCAACGUACGCCAUGAUCAAACUGUCCAUCGGCUCAAGCGUCGACAUUCACAGCCCAAAGCUCACGCACUUCCUCCGUCUCAUCGGCGACCAAACCCUCGGUCAGAACAACAUUGCCUCAUUCGACAAAGAAAAAAGCCACUAUCUCGCCGGAAUGUUCCCCCAAUUUGAGCAGUCGAACGGGGUAAUGGUGAUUAAACGGCUGCUGUCGCUGCCUACUGACGAUGCCGCAAAGGCGCUCGGAUACACAUAUCAACUUGAGGCUGAGCGACAGAUUGACUUUGAGCUGGAGAGAAUGGCGGCUUCAGGGGGGUUGAGUCAUGAGGAGUGGAAGUUUGUUGAUGCAGUAUUGAUGAUGUCUGUGGGGAAUGUCAUGGGGUCGAUUACGAUGUCGAGGUAUGGAGGGGCUGCGGCAAGGUUGGAGGGCUGAUAUCUCUUUACCACUGUUGAAGUUGAAGUUGGUUUGAUU